AUGCCUAGAGGUCAUAAGAGUAAGCUCCGUGCCCGUGAGAGACGCCGCCAGGCCCGUGAUGAGACCGAGGAUCUGGAGAGCACGAAGGCUACUGCCUCAGCACGCGCAGGUCCGGCAGCAGCCUCCCCUGCCUGCCCUCUCUCUGGGGUUAGAGCUCAGAAUUUGCCUGCCACUGUGAUGCCUCAGGCAGCCGAGGGGAGCUCAUCUCCCGCUGGUGCUAGUGCGGCUGUUUCAUGCCUUGAUUCAGAUGAUGGUGCCAAAAACCCAGAUGAGGGAAGCCAGAAAUCCUCUGAGACCUGUGAGUUCUAUAGCAAAGACCCAUUGAACAAGACGGUGGUUUUGCUGGUACAGUUCCUGCUGCACAAGUAUCAGACGAAAAAGCCAUUUACGAAGGCAGACAUACUGAAGUGUGUCACCAAGAAGUACAAGUGCCAUUUCAAUGAGAUCCUCAGGAGAGCCUCUGAGCACAUGGAGCUGGCCUUUGGUAUCGAUGUGAAGGAAGUGGAUCCCAUCCGGCACUGCUAUGCCCUCCUCAGCAAGCUAGACCUCAGUGCAGAUGGAACUCUGUGUGAAGAAGAGGACAUGCCCAAGAGCGGCAUCCUGAUGAUCGUGCUGGGUGUGAUCUUCAUGAAAGGCAACUCCGCCCUGGAGGAGGAGGUCUGGGAGGUCCUGAAUAUGAUGGGCGUAUACGCCGAUCAGAAGCACGUCCUCUAUGGGGAGCCCAAGAAGAUCCUCACUGAAGAUUUGGUGCAGCUCAAGUACCUGGAGUACCGCCAGGUGCCCAACAGUGAUCCUCCGCGCUAUGAGUUCCUGUGGGGCCCGAGAGCCCACGCCGAGACCAGCAAGAUGAAAGUCCUGGAGUUUAUAGCCAAAGUCCAUGAUAGCGUCCCCAGUGCCUUCCCAGAGUGGUAUGAAGAGGCUUUGCAAGAUCAGGAGGAGCGAGCCCGAGCCCGAGCCGCAUCCAGGGCUCGUAUCACUGCCAUGGCCAGUGCACGUGCAAGGGGCCUGGCCGCCGGCUCAGCCCACCCACAUUAAGCGAAGUUUCAGGCUGGUCCAAAAGAUGUUGAAGUUUGAAGCAGUUUGUUCUCUUUGUGGAAGAAAAAAGCAGUCAAUGUUCUAAGUCAUGGAUGGCGCUGGCCAGAGUGGGUCUGGAAGGAACACAGUGAAUAUCAUCUUGGUGUUCUUGUUCUAUGUGAUAACCUUACAAGUUCUCUUUUUUUCUCUUUGUUUUCUUUCUUUUUUUCUCUUCCUGUCUUUCGCUCUUUCUUUUUGUUAUAUUUGAAAUGUUAUUUAAUAGAACGUUUACAUAAUUUUCAAAUCUAAAUUAA